CAGGUUAGAAGAGUGAUGACCAUCCUGUUCCUUACUAUGGUUAUUUCAUACUUCAGUUGCAUGAAAGCUGCGCCCGUGCGUGAUGUCCCGGGCGUGCGGGGCCAUCGGACAGAAGGCUACCUGGGCGCUGCUGCAACGGCUACUCGAGGCCAUGGGAGUCUGCAGAGCGGCGGCGGGCCGGGCCAGCGCGGGGAGCUGCCCUCGCUCACAGACACGUUCGAGCAGGUGAUAGAGGAGCUGCUGGAGGUGGAGGGGGAGGCGGCGCAGCUGGGACAGGGGGCCAAGAAUCAGGGAGGUGGGGGCCCACCGCCUCUGGUCGCCACAGAGACCAAGGAUGUCGACCUGUACAACUCGCGGGUGAUGAUCAGCAACCAAGUGCCUUUGGAGCCGCCACUGCUCUUUCUCCUGGAGGAAUACAAAAACUAUCUGGAUGCCGCUAACAUGUCCAUGAGGGUGCGGCGACACUCGGAUCCCUCGCGGCGUGGAGAGCUCAGUGUGUGUGACAGUAUUAGCCAGUGGGUGACAGCUGUGGACAAAAAGACGGCGAUAGACAUGUCUGGGCAGACAGUCACCGUCAUGGAAAAGGUCCCUGUCCCCAACGGCCAACUGAAGCAAUACUUUUAUGAGACCAAAUGCAACCCCAUGGGGUACACGAAGGACGGCUGCCGAGGAAUAGACAAGCGGCAUUAUAACUCCCAAUGCAGGACAACCCAGUCCUACGUGCGAGCGCUCACCAUGGAUAGCAAAAAGAAGAUUGGCUGGCGGUUUAUAAGGAUAGACACUUCAUGUGUAUGCACAUUGACCAUUAAAAGAGGGAGAUAGUGUAUAAAAUGUAUAGAUUUUAUUGAAGAGUUUAAAAAAAGAGAAUAAAGAGAAAAUAUCUAUUUGUAUAUAUACAUAACAGGGUAAAUUAUUCCGUCAAAUGAAAAAUUUUAUGGACUGCAUGUAAAAAAAAGAUGAAGUUUAUACAGUAAAAGUGAUAUUACAGUCUAUUUAUUGAACAUAUUCAUGACCUUGUAAACAAUUAAAAAAAUCUGAUCAGUCAUUUGCGCCCAGUUUAAAUUACUAUAACACAUAAAUCAAGACAUUGUGAUUUGUUGCCAAGAAUUAGAAAAUGAAGGGAAAAACACACAACAGGCAAGAAAUGAGAGGACGGUUCCAUCUUCCAAAGCUUGCAUGCUGCUUCAGUUGUGAAUUGACAAAAUUGUCCACCUCCAAAAAAAAAAGGUUAUGAUGCUGACCAAAAAAGAAUAAAAACCAUUUCGUUUACAUAUAGAGCUGAAAAGAGUUUCCUCUCCAGUAAUUUAUCUGUUUACUGUUCUAAACUUCUCAAGGUAACGUUACUUACUAUGUCAAGGUGCUGUUGUCAAAGCUUUGCUGUUUAUUUUUUUAUCCA